AAAUGUGAUUUCCUUCUUUGCAGAGCUCGAGGAGCCCCCGGGAGCUACUGAAGGCUCCAGGACUAUGGCCGAGAGGAGCACAGCUGCUGACCAGGAGCGACUCUUGAGAAGGGUGCAGGAGCUGGAAGAGGAGGUGAGGAGGCUGCGGGAGAAGCUGCGAGAGGAUGAGGAGGGCACUGGGAAACAAGAGGCUCCAUCAGUCCCCGGGAAGAGCAAGAAACGCCAACAACGGCCAUUUGAUUUCGGAGCCUACGGCCGCAGACACGUGGCACUGAAGAUCUCCUACCUGGGCUGGGGCUACCAGGGCUUUGCCAGCCAGGAGAACACCACCAACACCAUCGAGGAGAAGCUCUUUGAAGCCUUGAAGAAGACACGGCUGGUAGAUGACAGACAGACAUCCAACUACCACCGCUGCGGGAGGACGGACAAAGGAGUCAGUGCGUUUGGACAGGUGAUCUCCCUCGAUCUCCGCUCCAACCUGCUGCAGGGGCAGAAGCUCAAUGGCCACAGGGGUGCCUCAGAAGGGAGAAGCGAGGAGGAGCUCCGCUACACCCAUAUUCUGAACAGGGUGCUCCCACCCGACAUCAGGGUGCUGGCCUGGGCCCCUGUGGAACCUGAAUUCAGUGCCAGGUUCAGCUGCCUGAAGAGGACCUACCGGUACUUCUUCCCCUGCGCCAACCUGGACGUGGAGCUCAUGCACACAGCAGCCCAGAGGUACGUGGGGACGCAUGACUUCCGUAACCUCUGCAAAAUGGACGUUGCCAAUGGGGUGGUGAACUUCCAGAGGACGAUCCUGAGUGCUGGAGUGACAUGGGUUGAAGGAGGAGGAGGAACAGGCCCGCAGGAUCCCUUCCAUCUGUGCCAGUUUGAGGUGACAGGCCAAGCAUUCCUCUAUCACCAAGUGCGCUGCAUGAUGGCCAUCCUCUUCCUCAUCGGCCAGGGGAUGGAGAGCCCAGAGGUCAUCGAUGAGCUGCUGGAUGUGGAGAAGAACCCUCAAAAGCCACAGUACAGCAUGGCAGUAGAGUUCCCUCUCGUCCUGUAUGACUGUGAGUUUGAGAACAUUCAGUGGCUCUACGACCAGGAGGUCCAGGAGUUCAAUGUCACACAUCUGCAGCAGCUCUGGGCCAGCCACGCCGUCAAAACCCAAGUGCUGCGCAGCAUGUUGCAGGGGUUAGAUGCUGCUCCUGUGGCUACAGGCAAAGGUGAGGAGAGCAGCAGCACCAUCCUCUGGGCAGCCCGGCAGCCCCCUCUCUGCCGCCAGGCCAGUGGCUUUGUGGAAGGUGUCCGAGCCCGCACGUACAAGCCUUUGCUGUCCCGCCCCAAGUGCGAGGGGCUGGAGGCUCGUAUCCAGCACUUCGUGCAGAGGGGCCGCAUCCAGUCCCCCCUCGGGCUGGAGCUGGAGGGGGACAGGGACCAGCAGCCCCCCGAGAGCAAGAGGAGCCACAGCAGGGAUGUCCAAGAGCAGGCUCCCAAGCGGGUCUGCGUGGAUAUGGAGUGAUGGUGACGGGUCCCCUCAGCAAGAGGGCAUCUCAGCCCUUCGCCUUUUCAUACAAUUGGUUAAAAUAUGCCAUUUUCUAGUGCUAUUUUUAUAAAUAUCAAGUAAAGCCA